CCCCACACCCCCCUUCCCUUCACCCCAACAAAUUGGCGUCGUUUACAGAGGAGAAACCCUCGCAACCAUCCCAACCAGUACCUCCUAUAUUCUUCUAACCUAAACUUGCUAUGCUAUAUUUAUACCUUGCUUUCUGAACCACACCCUCAAACCAAUCACAAUCACAAACCAUGACUUUCUUUACUUGCUUCUUUUUCUUCCUUCUUGCUUCAUCAGCCACUGCUUGUGAUCGCUGCCUUCAACAAUCCAAGGCUUCCUAUUUCUCCAAAGCUUCUGCUCUUUCAUCUGGGGCAUGUGGGUAUGGCUCUUUGGCACUAGGCUUAAGUGGUGGACACCUUGCAGCUGGUGUGGCUUCUCUCUUCAAAGAUGGAGCCGGUUGUGGUGCCUGCUUUCAGAUACGAUGCAAGAAUCCAACUGUGCAGCAAAGAAGGCACCAGAGUGGUGUUGACUGAUCUCAAUCACAA